AUGUCUGUGGAUGAUGUGGUGAUCUCUGGUAUGUCCGGUCGGUUCCCGAUGGCGGACACCACCGACGAGUUCGCCGGCAAUCUGUUUGCCGGCGUCGAUAUGGUUACGGAGGACGACACCCGAUGGCCCACAGACAUAUUUAAUGUGAACAAUAGGUUCGGAAAGAUAUUAACUUACAAUCGGUUUGAUUCGACAUUCUUUGGUCUAACGGAGGCAGUGGUCAAUAACUUGGACCCCCAGGGGUCUAUGCAAUUGGAAACGGUGUACGAGGCUAUCGUAGACGCCGGUGUCAACCCUAACGAUUUAAGGGGAACUAAAACUGGAGUUUAUGUGGGUGCUAUGGACAUGUCUGUCAUUGGACACAUCAAUACGGAUAUGUUUCAACCGGAUAUCCCUGGCAACCUACAGUCCCACCUCUACCGGAGCACAUGCGAGCAAAACCUUUUCUACGCGAGCCGUAUAUCGUUUGUGUUUGACUUGAAGGGCCCGUCGAUGAUAGUGGACACCGCCUGUUCGUCCAGUGCCACCGCUUUUGAAUUUGCCUACAUCCAGAUAAUGGCCGGUCGGUUAGACACGGCUCUGGUGGUGGGCACUAAUAUGCAACUGGACCAGUCAAACAUGCGUUUAUUUCAGGAGUUAGGUAUGUGUUCACCGCGUGGUGUGUCGGCCCCACUGGACAGGGAGGCCGACGGUUACGUGAAGAGCGAAGUCGUCGGCUGUCUAUUACUGCAGAGACGGGCGAACGCGCGACGCGUUUACGCCGCCAUACGUGCGGUCCGUGUGAACAACGAUGGAUACAAAAUGGACGGUAUGUUUCACCCGUCAGAUGCCGCACAAGAGGAGCUCAUUGCCGAUACGGUGGCCGACGCGGGCAUUAAUCCUUUGGACGUGACCUAUAUCGAGGGACACCUCACCAGCACCAAGGUUGGUGACGUUGAAGAAGUUAAAGCAAUUUAUAGUGCGUAUUGCAAAAUACCCGGACGCAAAACUCCAUUGCCAAUUGGGGCGUUGAAAAGUAACCUGGGACACACAGAGGCCAGCUCCGGGCUGGCAUCCAUCAUAAAAGUGUUGAUAUCCUAUGAGAAUGAAUGCAUUCCUCCGAACAUUAAUCUCAAUCAACUGAAGGAUGAAUUGGCGGCAUAUUUCCCGCCACUAAUGUCUGUUUCAAAACUACAACAAUAUGUGCCUGGAAUGGGUGGCACUAAUGCACACAUAAUACUCGAACCCAACUAUAAGUUGUUAAGGAGCGAUGGCUUAAGAAUAGCACAAACUAUACCCAGAAUUGUCAACAUUUGCGGCCGAACUCAGCAAUCAGUCAAACAUAUCAUGGAUUUCAUUGAA